AUGUGCAUGCGAAAGUGUGGAAAGGAUCCGUUGUGUUUCUUCUCCCACGUCAAUGGUAUUCGUGCCGAAACGGAAGAGCCGAUCUGGAGUCGCGCUUUCUCUUUCGGACUCAUUCGCCUUAUGUCGCAUCCCUUUUUUGAGUUUGAUGGCACUGAUAGCCUCAUUCUCAUUCUCCAGUUUGCUGUCAUCUGUCGUACUGAUGACAGACGGCCUUGGAAGAUGCCCCCGCUUCCAGAAGUCGACGCGCUCAAGCGUCUUUGUUCUACCAUGGAGUUGUGCUCAGGACCCCUGACAUCUCCCAUCUCUGAGAUUUUCACAAACGAUUGCACGAAAGAAAGUCCUCCUCGCUGCCCCAAAGCUUGCCUUGAAGCUGAAAUCCCCUACGACCGCAGAUUGUGCGAAAGGUCCUCGUACUACCUGCAAGAUCCGAAGCACCUGGUCUUCCUGAUGCUACAGAUCGCCAAGGUCGUUGAUGACCACCCUAAACCGACUGCUCCACAUGUCACAAAGGAACGUGGCUUUGAUGUGUACAGUGUCACCACUGUUGAUCUUCACAACAUCCGCGAUGCACUUGACACCAUGGAGCUUCACUACGGUGAAGGCAGUGAAGCCGGCGAGUUCACAAUUCCGACCAAUUUGAUCCUGGAGAAAUAUCUAGCUUCCAGUGGAAUUGAGUAUGAUGUUCCUCAUGGCACAGAGCAAUUGCUAGACUUCAUUGUCCGAUCAACCGUGAGGAGAGAGCGAGAGAUUUUCAAUGCUGUUACAUAUCGGAAUCAGCAAUGA